AUGCGUGAGGAAAGCGCACCAUGGCCUGAAUGGCGCGAAUUUGUCGAAGACAAGUCGACUCUCCAAGAGUAUGAGGGAGACCCUGAAUUUCUCGCGAUUAAGAAACAGAUCGACGAGGAAUACGGCGAAGAGAAACUGCGACGCAGCUGGCUGAAGACAUGUGCCGAGUUGGAAGAACUCACUGAGGAGAUCAAAGAAAAAGGUUCCCAGAUAAUCCCGAUUAUUGACAUGGCGGAUGUUAGACGCGGCUGCGUUGCAAUCAAGGACGUGGCUGAGAUCCGCCGCGUUGGCUGCUUUGUUGUGAGAAAUGUGAUUGAACAGUGUGAAAUGGACCGGUUGUAUCGAGAUCUCAAAAAUUACCUUUCUAUCAACAAGGGGCGAUAUACGGCGUGGCCACAGGACAGUCCAUCCAUUUUCAAUCUCUACAACACGCCCACCCAAAAUGCGCUGCGCAUACAUCCGAACCAACUACAACUUAUGCGUUGGAUCAAUGGUCUUUGGAAUUAUCCAAAUGACGAUGAAGAAGCGUCUCCUCAACCACUCCUAUAUGCCGAUGCCGUUCGUGUCCGGCCGGCGAAACAAACAUUUCUAGGUUUGGGUCCGCAUAUCGAUGCUGGAAGUCUUUGUCGAUGGGGUGAUCCAGCCUACCGGAAAGUCUACCAUGAGAUAUUUGCGGGAAAUUCAGAGAAUCAUGAUAUAUUCGAUAUGGGAAAGCGAAAAGAUGCAAACCAAGCCUUGUACCUGGGAGGAGCACACUCUACCGUGAUGAGAGCUUUCCAAGGCUGGACUGCGAUUUCGAAAACCGCACCGCGCGAAGGAACCAUUUUAUUAUACCCCAAUGUCAAGGCCGCCAUUUCCUAUGUGAUGCUUCGACCAUUCUUCAAGCCUCCGAGUGACAAGUCCAAAAUUUCCGAUGCUAGUCAAUGGACUUACGAUCCGUCCAGUAGCUGGUUUCCAGGCACAUUCAAACCGCAAAGUCAGCUCUUGAGCCCAACCUCACACCCGCACUUGAGAUUGAAAGAAUGCCUAAUCCACGUCCCACCGAUAGAACCAGGUGAUACGGUAUGGUGGCACACAGAUAUGUGCCAUGCCGUUGAUGCUGAACAUGUUGGAAACAUGGAUGCCAGUGUUGCGUAUAUUGCUGCCACGCCAAAUACCCCUAUCAAUAAAGCAUAUAUGCAGCAUCAAUAUGACAGGAUGGUUGUUGGCCAUCCACCACAAGACUUUGUUAGUAAUGGUGUGGAUGAGUCCGGCUUCGAAGAGUUCCAAGGUUUCGAAGGAAACCCAGAUAUCUUCAAGAGUUUGAUGGGUUAUUAG